CGAACCUCUCCGAAGGGCCGGCGUCCGAACACCCGCAGAAGCUGUAAAAUUGGACCCGUUAGGACUGAGCGACCCGGAGCGAGCGACGGUUGUCGGGUCACUUGCAAAACAGGGCCACCAGGGGGCGGUGUAGAGAGGUGGAUGGGAAACCUCGCUUGAUUUUUUUCAGGGAAACUAACCUAAUCGGGGGAACAAAUUCACAACUGAAUCGGGGGGGGAUGAAGGUUUUGUAUAAUUGAUCUCUGAUUGUUUAAUCGGACGGCCUUGUGCCCCUUUCAGUUGCCGUGCUUGUGCAUCGUAAGGAGUUAAAAAAAAAAAAAACUGGAGUUCGCGAACCCGAACUUAAAUAUGAGACCUUCAGUUUGUCCUCCCGGGGUCCAGUUUUUAUCACGACCCUUCUCGGUUUCAUCGUGGUCGUUUUCUGUGGCCGUGAGAAUCCAAUCUUUUUCUUUAAAAACAAUGUCCGCGGCUGUUGAUCUAUUUUGUCUUCCCUGGGGGGCACUGCUUGCUGGCUCCGCUGUGAUGGGUUAAGGCCCCCAGGUGGGUCUCUAAGCUUUUACUUCUCCUUGUGUCUAAAAUGAGAAACUCUGUUGUGAUUUUCCCCCUCCAUUUCGAAGUUUUGAUCCAUAUUGCUUGUCUAAGAUGACCAAAUGACCAAAACCUGGUUUACCCCCCCAACACGGUUUAACAUUUCUGGUCGUUGAAACAAUUUUUGGACCGUCGUUUUUUUUUUUGCAAUCAUUUUAAGAGGGGCUUCGCGGGUGUUGCGGUUUGGUCCGGUGGAGUCCACUACGUCUUGGGGACGGGGGACGGAACCUCGAUCCCUCUGAACAAGUUCCUUGAGCUUUUCUCCAGUCUCCCCUCGAAACGCUUCUCCGUCCCAAGUACAAAGUCGAGAUCUUGACGGGGAAAGACGUUUUCCAGUCACGGCGAGGCGGAGAUGAUGGACGACUUUGGGAUACGCCGCAUUUAGCGAAUGUUUGACACGUUUUAGGUUCGUGUGGGUUUCUUUUUUCUUGGAGAAAGAGAGAGAUUGAUGAUUCUAACCAAGAGUUUGAGCUGCUCGCAGGGAAACGCGGGACCGGGACGGGACUCCCACAACUUGUAGCACAAGGAGAGAGAGACAGUGUGUGUGUGUGUGUGUUGAUGGGGGAGCGGGCGGUUUUCCUGGGGUCAGGUUACACACAAAAAAAGAGUGGUCUUACUCAUCUGAACCCUUUUAACACCCAUCUCCGCCCCCAGCAUCCCGGAGCUCAGUAAACUUUUUCUCUCUCCAGGGGAGUUCCAGUCAGGACGCGUCGCUCCCUCUCGGCUGCGGUUUCUGAAACGUGAUUGAAGGGGGGGGAACUCGUACCUAUCUGUGGAGACAGUUGGUCAUUUGUGUGUAGGACGUGAUAGGCCCGCACCCACAAAAUACAAAGAGGAUUACGUUUGUUUAUAUGUUGUUUCUGAGGGGAGAAUUUACCAAGCUUUGUUCAGGGUACUACUUUUGGCCGAUGAGACUUUUUUUUUAAAAAACCCCAAAGUCUAUUUUUUUUUUCUAGAGAUGUGCUUUAUACCUUAAGGAGCAUCUUUGCUAUUGAGCUGAAGGUUGUUGGGUUUUUUUUUUAAAUACAUAUGUGUGUGUGUAAAAACUGGUUGAAGUGAUUAUCGGGGUCAGUUUCCGACGCGCGAUGGCGACGGCCGGGUCAGCGCGCGAGGCGGCUCUGCUCCUGCUCUGCGCGCACGCCCUGCUCGCGCUGCCCCGGGCCGGGUCGGAACCGAGCCCCGGCCCCGCCGCCGCCGCCGGCUCCUCCAGCCUGGCCUUCGUGUUCGACGUCACCGGCUCCAUGUACGACGACCUGCAGCAGGUGGUGGAGGGCGCCUCCCGGAUCCUGGAGAAGAGUCUCCGGAGAAGAACGCGGCCCAUUCGGAACUUCGUGCUGGUCCCGUUUCACGACCCAGAUGUCGGCCCCGUGUCCAUCACCACGGACCCGGAGCAGUUCCAGCGGGAUCUCCGGGAGCUGUUCGUGCAGGGGGGCGGCGACUGUCCGGAGAUGAGCGUGGGGGCGAUCAAGAAGGCGCUGGAGGUCUCCCUGCCUGGGUCCUUCAUCUACGUCUUCACGGAUGCCCAGGCCAAGGACCACCGGCUCAAACAGGACGUCCUGCGCCUGGUGCAGCUCCGGCAGUCGCAGGUGGUGUUUGUGCUGACGGGGGACUGCGGGGACCGUUCCCAGCCCGGGUACAGGGUCUACGAGGAGAUCGCCGCCACCAGCUCCGGCCAGAUCUUCCACCUGGACAAGCAGCAGGUCAACGAGGUGCUGAAGUGGGUGGAGGAGACGGUGCAGUCGAUGAAGGUCCACCUGCUCUCGACGGACCACGAGGGCGGGGAGGAGAACCGGUGGCCGGUGCCCUUUGACCCCAGUCUGAGGGAAGUCACCGUCUCCCUGAGCGGUCCGGCUCCCGAGAUCGAGCUGCGGGAUCCCUACGGCCGCAUCGUUGGGGAGGAGCUGGGCCUGACCGAGCUGCUGAACAUCCCCAACUCCGCCCGCGUGGUCGGCGUCAAGCACCCGAGGCCAGGCACCUGGACGCUGAGGGUGAGCUGCAGUGGCCGCCACAGUCUCAGGGUCACGGGGGUCAGUAACUUGGACUUCCGAGCAGGGUUCUCCAGCAGGCCGGUGACCGACUUCAGCCAGACCCGGGAGAGGCCCGUAGAAGGAGUGCCGGCUCACGCCCUGCUGAAGUCCAGCGGCCUGAGCCCCCCGGGACGGGUCAACCAGGUGGACCUGCUGUCCGUGUCCGGCCGCCCGCUGCGCGCGCUCCCCGUUCCCACGCCCUCGGACGGGGGCUCCGGGGGCCUCUGGAACGUCCCGGAGUUCCGCACCCCUCCCGAGAGCUUCUUCUUGAGGAUCACCGGGAAAGAUGAAGGAGGCUACAGAUUCCAGAGGAUGUCCACCGUCUCCUACACCAACAUUAUCCCAGGCAGGAAACUAGUCUCCGUUUCUCCGCAUGGGACCCUGACCAUCAGAGAGGCCGUCCCAGAGGAUGCUGGGAGCUAUACGUGCCUGGCGUCCAACGAGGCAGGCAGCGAUACGCAGACGGUCACUCUGAGCUACACGGAGCCUCCGGGCAUAUCUGUGGUGAACCCAGCAGUGCUGGUGGCAGCUGGAGAGGAGGCCAUCUUGGAAUGCCAGCCCACUGGAGUCCCGCCCCCACUGGUCACAUGGUACAAAGGUGAUCGACAGGUGGGGACGCUCCCCUCUGCGCAGCAGGACGCCCGGCGUGGGACCCUGCGGAUCGGCCAGGUGCAGGAGACGGAUGCCGGGGAAUACAGCUGUGUGGCCAGCAGCCCGGCGGGGACGUCCACUGCCGUGGUCACCCUGGGCGUGGGGAGUGAGUACAGGCCGGCCUGUGACCUCCAGGAGGUCGAGCGUGAGGUCGAUCCCGAGGUCGUGCAAGAGAAGACAGGCAGUUCCAUUCCUGUUCUUGUGCUGUUCAGUGCCACUUUUCUAUUAAAAACUACCAUUCAAAGUCAUCCAUUUAAAGUAGGAUGGAGAAUUAAAUGCGAGAGCCGCGAUGGGAAUGAGCCGUGCUUCUGCUGCCCUGGUGCCUGGCUGGAUGAUGAAGGCCUCUACAUCUGUGAAGCCCAGAACCAGUUUGGGCUGAUCUGGACCGAAGCCCGAGUCACCGUGACUGGCCUGGAGCCUCCUCUUUUGGCCCAGGGUGACCUGCUGCUCUCCGUGGUGGUUGGUCACUCACUGACCCUUCCCUGCAUGCUGCUGGACGGAAUCCCGCUGCCUAGCAGACACUGGGCACACAACGGGGAGCCGGUGACCCUGAGCUCCAGGCGUUUCCUGCGGAGUGACGGCAGCCUCCAUAUAGAGAAUGCCGGGGUGGAGGAUGCUGGGAUAUAUAUUUGCACCGCUGUCAACGUGGCUGGGUCGGCCAAUAUUAGCAUUACCAUCGAAAUCCACUCUCCACCUGUGAUCAGUCCAGGCCCCGCCCACUACGUCACUGAUGAGGGCGUGGCCAUCACACUGCCAUGCAACUCCACUGGAGUUCCCAAGCCAGCCAUCACCUGGUCCAAGGAAAAUGAGCCUCUCGUCCAGCUCAGGUCCUCGGACCCUGCCUCCGAAGGCCAGCUGCUCAUUCCCAAGCCCACCGUGGAAGACUCUGGGGUCUACAUCUGCACGGCCGCUAACCCAGUGGGGUAUGCAAGCCGAGAGCUGCGGCUCAGCGUGAACAGUAAGGGCGACUCUUCAGAACAUCAAGACUACAGACUAGCGGAGCCCAUGGCCGGCCUCGUUUGGUGUUUUCCAGCCCCGCCCAGGAUAAAGCCUGCGCCGCCGCCUCUCCUGAAGGCCGCCGUCGGUCAGUCCGUUACCCUGGCCUGUGCGGCCCAGGGGGAGCCCUCCCCCGCGGUCAGCUGGUCCUGGAACGGGGAGCCCCUGCGGGACCGAGGCAGCCUGGAGGGGCCGGGGGGGUCCCUCAGCCUUCGCGGGGUCAACCAUUCCGACGGGGGAGUGUACCGCUGUGUGGCGGCCAACAGCGCCGGGCAGGAUGCCGCGGAGACGCUGCUGGAGAUCCUGGAGGCCCCGCUCUUCGAGGAGGCUGGAGACGUCUUCGUGCAGGAGGCGGCCGGGAAGAAGGUGGUCGUGCCUUGCCGCGCUCAAGGUACGCCCGCCCCCGCGGUGCGCUGGCUUAAAAACGGUCUGGAGUUUCACGGGGGCCAGCCGGGAGGGGCGUCCGUGUCCGAGGAGGGCUCCCUGGUGAUCGCCUCGGCCUCGGCCAGCCACAGCGGGGACUACAAGUGUGUGGCCAGCAAUGAGGUGGGCACGGCGGAGAGGAGGGUCCAGCUGAGGAUAAACGUCCCCCCAGAGAUCCACGAGGACGGGCAGCCCCUGAACCGGACGGUCGCCCUGCUGCAGCCCCUCUCGCUGGGCUGUGAUGCUUUCGGGGUGCCCCAGCCCACCAUCUCCUGGACCAAAGAUGGACGUCCGGUCUCGGAGCUCGCGGGGGUGUGGCUGCAGAACGAGGGGCGCUCUCUGCGGAUCCUGCGGGCGCAGGCGGCGCACUCUGGCCUGUUCUCCUGCGCCGCCGCCAACGCCGCCGGGGAGGCCAGGAGGGACGUCCACGUCGCGGUGCACGCCCCCCCAGUGAUUUCGGGGUCCUCAGGAGUGCAGGAUCUGGCGGUGGCCGUGGGGCAGGAAGUGGAGCUGCAGUGCCGGGUGGACGGGAGCCCCGCCCCCCUCGUGGAGUGGAGCCGGGACGGAGAGGUGUUGUCUCGCGAAGGGGACCCCCACGUACAGUUCUCGGACCGGGGCCAGCUGGUCAGGGUGAAGUCGGUGAGGCUGAGGGACCAGGGUCUCUACCAGUGUCUGGCCACCAACAGCGCCGGCCGACAGAGCCGGCAGUUCAGGCUCGUUGUUCAGGCGCCCCCCAGCUUCGGCGGUUUCGGCGAGACCACGGAGGUUUCGGUGGUGCUGGGCCACGCCGCGGUCCUGUCCUGCGAGCCGGAGGCCGUGCCCAGCCCCAGCCUGACCUGGCUGAAGGACGGCCGCCCGAUCCUGGCCGGCGCCCGCCUGAGCUCCUCCCGGGGGGGGCGGGAGCUCCACCUGGGGGCGGCGCGGGCGGACGACGCGGGCCUGUACACCUGCCGCGCCUCCAACCCCGCGGGCACCGCCCUCAGGCACUAUCGCCUGACCGUGCUCGUCCCUCCGCAGAUCGAGGGAGACGACGCAGCGUCCGUGAGGUUCGGCGCCAGGGAGGCCAAGGUCCACGUCAACAAGACUCUGGUGCUGUCCUGCCAGUCCAGGGGCGUCCCCGAGCCCACGGUGCAGUGGUAUAAAAAUGGCCAGCUGCUGAAGAACGACUCCCACGUGGAGAUCGGGGAGCAGGGGCGGGCCCUGCGGAUACAGAAGGCACUCCUCUCCCACGAGGGGCAGUACACUUGCGUGGCGUCCAGUGAGGCAGGAGAGGACAGGAAAGAUGUCCACGUCAGUGUCCAAGGUCAGUGGGGCCCUAGAGAAGAGUGGUGGGCAGGCCUGGUCCCAGGAAGCUCCCCGAUUGUCCUGUUUCGUCCUCCCGUGACCCUGUCCUGCGAGAGCAACGCCAUCCCCCCGCCGCUGCUCACCUGGUACCACGAGGGGAAGAAGCUGAGCACGAGCGCGAGGGUCACGGUCCUGCCAGGGGGUCAUGCCCUCCAGAUCCCGAGGGCGCGAGUGGAGGAUGCUGGGAAAUACACAUGCCAGGCGGUCAACGAGGCUGGGGAGGACCGCAUGCACUACGAGCUGGAGGUGCUGGUGCCUCCGGUGAUCCUCGGCCAGGCAGGGGACUUUGUGGAGGAGGUAGGGAUGGUGGUCAACUCUACGGCCCAGCUGAGGUGCGAGGUGUCGGGCACCCCGACNNAUUCGGUGAUCCAGGUCCAAAAACGCCUUCCUGUUCCUCCCUGCCGGCUCUGUCUAACUUCUGCCCUGCCUCCUUCCCAGAUUGACAUGGUGCAGAGCUCUGAUAUGGCCGGGUACCUGUGUGUGGCUGAGAAUAAGGUGGGCUCAGCUGAGAAACUCUUCAGCCUGACUGUACAAGUUCCUCCUAGGAUUGUGGGGGCGAACCCGGAGCACAUCAGUGUGAUCGAAGGUCACAUGGUGUCACUGCUGUGUGACGUGCAGGCGUACCCCUCCCCCGAGAUCUCCUGGGCUCGAGAUGGGAAAACUCUGCAUUUUGGCACUGGCCUCCAGAUCUUGCCAGGGAGUCAGGUGCUGCAGCUGCCCAGGGCUCAGCUGGCUGACGCGGGGCUGUACGUCUGCACGGCCACUAACCCUGCUGGUCAGGGCGAGAAGCACCUCCUCCUCAGCGUCUACGCCCCGCCCACGUUUAAGCCACACCCAGAUCCAGACAAGGAGAUCGUGACCCCUCGUGCUGGUGGCUCCGUCACCCUACACUGCGAUGCGCAGGGUGUGCCAGAGCCUGAGGUCACCUGGUACCGCAACGGGCUGCAGCUGGCACCGGAUCACGGGCUGAAGAUGGACCGACACCGGUUGGAGAUCCAGGGGGUGCAGGUUGCUGAUAGUGGCCUGUACACCUGCAAGGUGUCAAAUAUCGCUGGACAAGUGGACAGGACAUUCCGCCUGACUGUGCACGUUCCCCCUGUCCUGGACCAGCCCCUCCAGCAAACGGUGACCAGGACCCUGGGCACUCACCUGACGCUCCUCUGCGAAGCCACAGGUGUCCCAGCUCCCAGCAUCACCUGGCUGAAGGACGGCACCCCUAUUGAGAGUAGCAUCCAGUGGCGCUGGGCGGCAGGGGGCAGCAGGCUGGAGCUCGGACCCCUCCAGCUCUCUCACACCGGCACCUACACCUGCCUGGCGAGGAACAGCGAGGGGGAGACGCACAAGGACUACAGGGUCACCGUGCAAGUGCCUCCCAGCAUCCUCGGCUCGGGACGCCCCACUGAGCUCAGCGUGCCCGUGGGAGAGGAGCUGACCUUGGAGUGCCUGGCCGUGGGCACCCCGAAACCCGAGCUGAAGUGGCUGAAAGAUGGGGCACCCUUGGACCUGGCGGACACAGAGCAUCUGCAGGCGUCUCCUGACGGGGCCUCUCUGAGGCUCCUGGGGCUGCGGGCUGCCGACUCGGGGACGUACAGCUGCCUGGCGGAGAGCCCUGCCGGCCGCGAGAGCAGGAUCUACACCCUCACGGUGACGGUGCCCCCUGCCAUCGCGGGCUCUUCGGCGGAGCCCAGGGCGGUGACGGCGGCCCAGGACGGCGUGGUGACCCUGCAGUGCCAGGCCGCGGGCACCCCCCCGCCGCGGCUCACCUGGCUGAGGAACGGACGCCCGCUGAGCCUCUCCCCUCGCACGCGCCUGCUCUCCUCGGACACCGCCCUCAGGAUUUCUCCAGUUCACCUGUCCGACUCCGGCGUUUACACCUGUGUGGCCCGCAGCCCAGCUGGACAGGCAGAGCUCAGCUAUGACGUGCAGGUCCAAGUGCCCCCCGGAGUGGAUCGCUCCGAGCCCUCGGAGCAGGUGACCGUGGUGAAGGGGUCGGCGGUGACCUUCACCUGCGAGGCCCGGGGCGUCCCGCCGCCCUCGCUGUCCUGGUUCAAGGACGGCCAGCCCCUCUCGCUGCACCGCAACCUGCUGUCGGACGGGCAGGAGACCCGCCUGCGCCUGCCCGCUGUCACGCCGCACGACGCGGGGCACUACAGCUGUGUGGCCAGCAACCAGGCCGGCAGCAGCACCAAGACCUUCAACCUGACCGUGCUGGAGCCUCCGAAGAUCUUGGCUUCCGGGUCCCCGGAGGAGGUGUCCGUCGCCAUCCACAGCCCCCUGGAGCUGGAGUGUGCGGCCGAGGGCGUCCCCCCCCCCACCCUGAGCUGGCUCAAAGACGGGCGGCCCCUGCUGGGGGCGGCGGUCACACAGAGGCAGGGGCAGCUGCUGAGGAUAGGCAGGAUACAGGUGGAGGACGCGGGUCUGUACACCUGUCUGGCCAGCAGCCCCGCAGGGGAGGACGGGAGGAACCACUGGAUCCGGGUUCAAGUGCCCCCCACCCUGCUGGGCUCCGCGGACUCCAGGACGGUGACAGCAGUGGCCAAAGGACACCUGACCCUGGAGUGCCGGUCCGACAGCGAGCCCCCCCCCGCCAUCCAGUGGCACAAGGACGGCGCCAAGCUGCAGCUGGGGGGGCGUGUCCAGAGUCUGGCAGGCGGUCAGUUCCUGGAGAUCCAGGAGGUCGGCGCCCAGGACAGUGGGCAGUACAGCUGUGUGGCCACCAACGUCGCCGGGAGCAGCCGCCUGGAAUUCACCGUGGAGGUGCAAGUGCCGCCCGGGAUUCAAGCGGGCCCCUCGCUGGUCACCGCCCAUGCCGGUCAGGGGGCCGUGCUGCCCUGUGUGGCUGAAGGACUGCCCGCCCCCACCGUCACAUGGAGGAAAGAUGGCGCCCCACUGGUCCAGGAGCACGCCAGGCUCAAGGUCCUGCCGGAGGGAUCCCUGCGGAUCGCCGAGGCCGGGGUGUCCGACGCGGGGCGCUACCUCUGCACCGCCUCCAAUCCCGCCGGCUCGGAGCGCAGAGGGAUCGACCUGCGGGUGCACGUGGGUCCCUCGAUCAGCCCGGGGCCCCCCAACGUGACGGUGACGGAGGGGGUGAGGGCCUCCCUCAGCUGCGAGGCCUCCGGCACGCCCCCCCCCCGGGUGACCUGGAAGAGGAACGGCUCCCCCCUCGACCUCUCGCGCCAGCCAGGGGCUUACAGGCUGCUGUCUUCAGGCUCGCUGGUCAUCACCUCCCCGGCCAGCCAGGACGAAGGCUACUUCGAGUGCACGGCAGCCAACGAGGCUGGAGAGGAGCGCAGGCUCGUCGAGGUCACCCUGCAAGUCCCACCUUCCAUUGAGGAUGAUGUCACUGUGGUCACGGCGACCACGAUGUCCCCCGUGAUUCUCCCCUGGAUUAGAGCAAGCUGGCCCCUACCUGGGAUUGAACCCGGGACCUUCCGGUCAAGAGCCAGACGCCCUUGCCCUCUGAGCUACCACAAUUCCCCUGCGUCAUCCUGCGCUGUGCAAAUGACUCCUGCUCCAUCGCCUUUGGCUUGGACGCCGGGAGAUGCUGGCACCUACACCUGCGUGGCAGUGAACGCCGCCGGCACGGCCCGCCGCCACGCCCGCCUCUCCGUGAACGUGCGCCCCGUGCUCAAGGAGCUGCCCGGCGACGUGACCCUGAACAAGGGGCAGCGCCUCGUCCUCUCCUGCCACGCCCAGGGGGCACCCACCCCGACCAUCUCCUGGACCGUCAACAACAAGCCCCUGCCAGGACCCUCCUCGGUGGACGGCAGGAGCUCCGUGGUCAUCGAGAGCGCCGCCGGCGGAGACUCGGGCACCUACGUGUGCGUGGCAGAGAACCGCGCGGGCGCCGUCCGGGCGCUGGCCUUCGUCCGCGUCAGGGAGCCCCCGGUUCUGGACGGGACGUCCCACAGCUCCCAGACGGAGCCCCUGGGGGGCAACGCCCUGCUGGACUGCGUGGCGCGGGGAGACCCCGCCCCCACCCUGCGCUGGCACAGGGAGGGGCAGCCCCUGAGCGGGACCCUCCGGGUGCACCAGCUGCACAACGGCUCCCUGGCCAUCUACGGCGUGGCGAGCGGGGAUGCCGGGGAGUACCGCUGCGCGGCGGAGAGCGAGGCCGGCGCGGCGGAGAGGACGGUCCUCCUCAGGGUGCAGGUUCCUGGGGGGUUUUCCACCUGGCUGGAGUGGGGUCCCUGCAGCGUCACCUGUGGGCGGGGCGUCCAGGAGCGAAUCAGAUUGUGCAACAAUCCGGCCCCGGCCAAUGGCGGCAGGCAGUGUGAGGGGAGGAGUCUGGAUUCCAGGAGCUGUCAGGCUAAACUCUGCCCAGGAGCCGUUCCCCAGAGGGCGAGGGGCAGCCUGAUCGGGAUGGUGAAUGAUCGAGAGUUUGGCGUGGCGUAUCUGGAUGCCAACGUCACGGCGCGCCCCGAGGACAGCGGGAGCAGGCUGCAGGCCCGCGUAGGGAACCUCCCGGGCGCAGUAGGGCCCCUGCUGCGGGUGCUGGUGUCCGUGUUCGCCCCCAUCUACUGGACGACGGUGCUGCAGGCCGGCGAGUCCCGGAACGGCUUUGCUCUGACCCGGGGCGUGUUCAGACAGGAGUCUCAGGUGGAGUUCGAGACAGGAGAGGUCCUCCGCUUGACCCAUGUGGCCCGGGGCCUGGAUGCAGAGGGAGUCCUCCUGGUGGACAUCGUCAUCAACGGCUUCGUGCCCAGGGCACUGGCCGGAGCUCAGCUCACGCUGCAGGGCUUCAGGGAGUCCUAUGUGCAGACUGGGCCAGGGCAGCUCUACGCCUGGUCCUCACAGCGCCCCCUAGUGAACGGUGCCCCUGUGUCACUGCGCUGUAACCACUCGGUGAUCUACGAGGCGGGGGGCGCCCGGCAGGGACCCCUGCUGCAGGUCCUGAGGGUCUCCACCAUCACGGGGGUCUACAGCCACCACACAGAAGCCAUGGACUUCCAUCUGACUGCCUCGCUGGAGCCUCCAGGUGGCGAUGGGGAGAGGUGUCCCGAGGGCUUCGUCUUGGACUCGGACUCCUUCUGCGCAGAUGAGGACGAGUGUGCCGCGCAGACCCCCUGCUCGCACUCCUGCCACAACACCAUGGGGGCGUACUCCUGCUCCUGCCCCCCCGGCUUCUCCAUUUCCCCGGACGCCAGCACCUGCCAAGAUGUGGACGAGUGUGCCAGGGGCGCCCACCUGUGCCACCACAGCCAGCAGUGCGUCAACACGCCGGGGAGCUACAGGUGCCUGGCGCAGUGUGGUCCAGGGUUCAAGCCCAGCCGCGAGGGAGCCAGCUGUGAAGAUGUGGACGAGUGCCAGGAGUCCUCCGUCUCCCCCUGCCAGCACCGCUGUCUCAACACCCUGGGGUCCUUCCGCUGUGCCUGUCGCCCCGGGUACCAGCUGUCCGGCCAGCGCUGUCUGGAUAUCAACGAGUGUGUCGUGUCCAGCGGCGUCUGCCCGCCUCACCAGCAGUGCAGGAACACAGAGGGCGGCUACCACUGCCUGGACAGCUGUCCCCCAGGCAUGACCACAGCGGGGAGUGGAGUCUGCACAGAUGUGGACGAGUGUAAAGACGGGACCCACAUGUGCCGCUACAGCCAGACCUGCCAGAACACAAUCGGGGGCUACCUCUGCGUGUGCCCUCGGGGGUACAGAUCCCAGGGCGUGGGGCGACCCUGUCUAGACAUUGACGAGUGCCAGCAGGCGCCCAGCCCCUGCGCCCAUCAGUGCCGUAACGUGGCCGGCAGCUUCCGCUGCCUCUGCCCCCCCGGCACCUCCCUGCUGGGAGACGGGCGCUCCUGCGCGGGGCUGGAACGGCGGCCGGCCGCCCCCAACGCCACCGGCGUCCUGGCCAGGCUCGUGCCGCAGCUGGUGUCCCACGUGGGCCGGCCCGUCCUGGCCCGCCUGUCCACUCAGCCGGGGGGCUGCCCCCCGGGGUUCAGCAGCCGGGAUGGGAACUGCGUGGACGUGGACGAGUGUGCGCAGAGGCAGCCCUGCCAGCACGAGUGCCGCAACACUCCGGGCAGCUUCCAGUGCCUGUGUCCCCCGGGCUUCCAGCUGCUGCCCAACGGCAGGAACUGCAAGGACAUCGACGAGUGCGCGGAACAGGGCAUCCAGUGCGGCCCCCAGCAGAUGUGCUUUAACACCCGCGGCGGGUAUCAGUGCCUGGACACCCCCUGCCCAGCCUCCUACCAGAGAGGGGUGAGCCCAGGCACGUGUUUCAAGCCUUGCUCUCUGGACUGCGGGGCGGGCAGCCCUCUGGCGCUCCUACAGUACAAGCUGCUGACCCUGCCCCUGGGCAUCCCCGCCAACCACAACGUCAUCCGGCUCUCCGCCUUCUCCGAGGCCGGCGUCCUGCAGGAGCGCACCGCCUUCGUCCUCCUGGAGCAGGACGCGGAGGGGGGAGGGCAGGUGUUCGGGAUCCGGGAUGAGGCCGGGCGGGGGAUCAUCUACACCCUGAGGGCCCUGGAUCGGGCAGGGCUGGCACGGCUCCGGGUGCAAGCUACCACCCGCUCCCCUGAGGGGCAGGUCAAAUAUCAGAGCAUCUUCAUCAUCUACAUCGCCAUCUCCAGUUACCCCUACUGACCUCAGUGGUCAGUUACCCUUGUUAACUCCAAUGGUCAGAUAUCUCUGCUGACCCCAGCUACCCCUAUUGGUCCCAGUGGUCAGUUACCCCUGCUGACUCCACUGGUCAGUUACCCCUUACUUACCGGUGACCCCCGUUAUCCUUACUGGCCCCAGUGGUUGGACGGUUGUGACGCCAUAUCCCACCCUUUCACUGCUGUCAGUGGCUGCCCAACCAACAGCCAGCAGAUGGUUGCAGGAAUCACCUGAAGUGUUAGCUAGCUCGUGAAAAGAAACGGGUGCGAAAUGGGAUCUUUUCCUUCGUUUGUGCUUUUUAUAAAUCAACACACUGGUACAGAGUUUGCACCAGUGCCCGUGUGUGGUGGAUCCGAAAGGGAUUAUCGAUUGACUGCGUGUUGAUUCUCACAAGACGUGAAAACAGGCCGCUUGUCCCCUCUGGUUAGGUACCUUCCUUUGGCAAGAAUUGUGUUUGCUGGUGGUGUUUUUUUUUUAUUAUUUCGGCGACCACUGCUUGUAAACCCUCAAGGCUGUCUGGUUUGGCACAUGAGACAGGUUUGUUGUUGCUUUCAGUGAUGCACAAGAACUAGCUGGACUUUACCAGCCAGCAGCUUCUUACACCAAUCUUUGCCACAGAACAUUUAAACUGAGGAAAACACCCGUUGUGCCAUUACUUCACAGGCCUUAGCAACCAUGGGACGUCCCCACCCUGGGCCCAUUCUGCCUACUUUGGAAGGAUGGUUUGCUCUUCUGGAACAUACCAUUCUCUGAUAUUUUGUGAGGGCAGUGUAUGUUUUGAAAUUCCACAUUUAUUUUGUAUUAUGAUGUGCCUAUCUGAUUGUGGGAUCUAACCUAUUAAUUUAUAUCUGCCACAAAUAAUUCAGUGGAAAGAUUUUCUGUUGUAGACAUCAUAUGUUCUCUAAUACAGGCUGGGAGGGAAUUUCAGAGCUUGAAUCUGAAAUGUAACGUGUGUUUUUUUUUUUAAUUGUUUAAUUACUUAAGCCAGAAAUGCAGCAAAGAAUGUAUCUUUAACUGGGGCUGCUUUUCACUUUUGAAUUAAAGGAUGAUUUUGCUUUAAUUCUGAGUCAAUUAACUUAAUUUUUUUUAUUUCCCCUGUUGGCUUGGCCUGGUUUUGUUCUUUUUUUAA